AUGGCAACAGACUCGACUGUAACAGUUGAAGAUAUUGAGGUAUUUGCAGACAACCUAAACCCCCAAGCGGCUGCAGAAGCAUUUAAGAAGCACGGCGCGCUUGUCGUCCGUGGGUUAAUGAAACCGUACAUUGAUGAGAUCCACCGAGACAUUGAGGCGGCUGCCGCUGAGUCAAUCGCUUCGCUUGAUUCUGUGGAGAAAAUUGUGGAGGGUUGGCGAACGCCAAACGGGACCCUGUUUCUGCCCGCACCGUCCGGCUACUCCCGUGAUAAACAGAUCAUGGUCUUGGCAAUCAACUACUUUACCAGUGCUGCGUUUUUCCGCUCCGCGCUUGAUGAACGUGCGUUGGAUAUCGUUGAGGCGGUUCUGGGGCAGAAUGUCGAGGUUUACGGCAAUGGACAGUGCCUUUAUAAAGAGCCGGUCGGCGGGCAUCCGAAACAUCUGCAUCAGGACUCCGCCUAUUUUGAACACCGCUACGAGGGUCCUGUGGGAUUCUGA